GAAAGCCUUUUGGAAAUACAUAAUAAACCUAAGAGAUAGAUAGAUAGAUAGGAAAUACAUAAAUAUUUUCAUUUUAUCUAAAAAGGCCUUACAAAGAGAAUUUAAACUUUACGCCAGGUUAUAAUUUUCAAUAGUAAUGUUAAGCUUUUCACGUCUUUACCAUGUAUCGUCUGUUACGUGCAGUAUCAAAAAACAAAGUUUAAAAUUAUGUAAAAUGGUUAAUCCGAAACCAAAAAAGCACUGGUAUGCACCUUCAAUGUUAGAAUUCAACAAAAUGCCCUCUGUGAAAUCUUUAACAAAAGUUACCCAUGAACCCGGCAAGCGUGGAAUACGCCGAGUGGCGAUGCUGAACAAGAUGUUUAUGAAACACAUUACUGAUCUGAUGUCCACAGGAACGGUUUCAAUGGAUAUUAUCGGACGAGGGAUUGAAAUAUCAAAAGUGAAUGUAACAUCUGAUUUUCAAACUGUACAUGUUUAUUGGAUAUGCAAAGGUACCUCGACAGAUGUAGAGACGGAAGCCACAUUGAACUCUGUUGCAGGAGCUCUGAGGCAUGAGCUGUCUGUGCUCAGGAUCAUGGGCCAGGUUCCUUAUAUUGUCUUUGUUAAAGAUAUGCAUGAAGCCCGGAUAUUAGAUCUCGAUAAUAGAUUGCUCAAAGCUGAUUUUGGAGAAAACUACACACCGACUGAUCCAGGGCAUUUACUUAAGACAGAAUUCACACUAGACACCAAAAUAUCUCCUGACAUCAAGGCCAAAAUACGGCAGUUAGAAAUAGAAGAACCAAGUCAAGAGAGUCCAAUACCAGAAAUGACUCACACGAUCUACGGCUUAGACCACGCCAAGAUAAUGAUGAGACUCUUAGCUGCAAGGAAGAAAAGUAAAGACGCUUGGAGUAAUCUUGAAUCGGAAUCGCCAGUUAUAAGUUACAGAAUACAUGAAAGCACACCGAUCAAAGUCGACACUGUCACCCAAAAUAAGGAAUUGGCUGAAUUUUUACUUAAAAGACAGAUACUACAAAAUAAAUUGGCCAAGCAGUUACGGAAAACAAGCGACGACUGGCAGUUGUCGGACGAUAGCGGAUCCAAUUCCGACGACGAGUACAUUGAUGAUACCUACUACGAAGACGAGGAGUAUUAUUACGAUGAUAUAGAAGAAAAUAAGAAACAUUUUGCCAAAGAAUAAUCAAAUAAACAUUGUUUUCGGUGUAUAUA